CCUUAAUCACCAGUGUUAGCCAUCUCGAAGGAGGAAUCCGAGGAGGCCAACUCCCGCGGCGGCAAGCUGCCGUACAAUGGCUACUCGGACGAGUUCCUCGACCGUCUCGAGCCCAACGGCAAUAUCCCCGCCGACAAGGACCUGCGAGGAUAUGGUCUGAGGUCGACGUCAGGCGGAGCUAUGUCAGACUGGGAUGGCCUGGGCGAUCGCGACCGAGUGACGCGGCAGCUGUCCGUGUCGAGCGACUCCAAGCUGCUGGACGAGGACAUCCGCGAGGAGGCGAGAGUCAUCUUGCGGCCCAAGAAGCCGCCGCGGCCCAAGUCCGAGGUCUUCCUCAACAAGGAGGGCCAGCGCCGCACCAAACGCUACUCCGCCUUCGGGGGUGAUUCGCCUUUUGGCAAGUCAGAGGCGUACAUUAAACUGGAACAGCUGGGAGAGGGAUCAUAUGCGACUGUCUUCAAAGGUUACAGCAACCUGACGAACCAAGUUGUGGCCUUAAAGGAGAUCAGAUUACAAGAGCAGGAAGGUGCCCCUUUCACAGCCAUAAGAGAGGCAUCUCUGCUUAAGGAGUUGAAGCACUGCAAUAUAGUAACAUUGCACGAUAUUGUGCACACGCGGGAGACACUUACAUUUGUUUUUGAAUAUGUGCACACUGACCUCUCUCAGUAUAUGGAGAAGCAUAGCGGUGGGCUGGAGCCACGCAAUGUGCGACUGUUCCUUUUUCAACUACUUCGUGGCUUGGCUUACUGCCAUCGCCGUCGUGUCCUGCACCGUGAUGUCAAACCUCAAAAUCUUCUCAUCAGUGAGAUAGGAGAGCUCAAAUUAGCUGACUUUGGCCUUGCCCGUGCAAAAUCUGUGCCCUCACACACCUACUCCCAUGAAGUAGUCACUCUGUGGUAUCGUCCACCAGAUGUGUUGCUUGGCAGUACAGAGUAUUCCACCUCAUUAGAUAUGUGGGGUGUUGGAUGUAUAUUUGUUGAAAUGAUCACAGGUGUACCUACGUUCCCGGGAGUUCGGGAUACGUAUGACCAGCUGGAUAAAAUUUUCAAGGUGCUUGGCACACCAACAGAAGAGACGUGGGAAGGAGUUACUCGCUUGCCUGGCUAUAAACCACACAAGCUGGGGUUCUAUCGUGGUCAGAAACUUGGCUUGACCUUUCCAAGGCUCUAUGAUAUAAUGGAAGGCGAGAAUAUGGCAUCUGCACUCUUACAGCUCAAUCCAGACAACAGGAUAGGUGCAGAAGAUGCACUGAGGCAUCGUUACUUUGCCUCACUUCCUCGGAAGCUGUAUGAAUUACCAGAUGAAAACUCCAUCUUUAGUGUAGAGGGAGUCUACCUGUUUCCUGAAGGACGGUCUUGUUCUGUGAAGACCUGAGGUUCGUGGGAAUUUGCCAUUUAUUCACCACCAUCAUGAAAAAUGUGGCUGAUGGUUGCACUGAAGCUUUUUGAUGGCCAUAAAAUUGCCUUGGUGUGUGUGAGAGAGAGACAGAUAAAAAAAGUGACUCGAUUGGCUGUAACUUGUUGACACCAUCAAUAUUUUUGUUUAUUUCGGAUGGAACAGCUCAGGGACGAUUGUUAUGACUGUUGAGAUUUUGACGUUAUGAACAUUGCUUGCUCAAAUCACAUUUGCUUACAUCUACUGAGAGUACAAUAAAAGUGUUCUCAGCACAUGUGUGAUCUGUCUUUAAUGCAGUUUUGUAAUAGCCAAGGCAAUAUGUACCAGACGGAACAUUUUUUUCUAAAUAGGUACAAUGUUGUAUUUCAGAACUGCCCUUUAUGAUUGCAGUACUUUACAACUCGAAUUUUAAUAGUGAAGAUGAAAAUUUCCCCAGUGAGUGAAAAAAUUAGUAGAAUGAAAUUAAAAAAAAAAAGUACUUUUAAUGGUGAAAUUUAAGCGGAGAGGAUAAAGUAGCAGUGCAUUAGCAAAUCUAUUCUAAUGGCUUUCAUCGAAGAAAACAUUCUCACCUGUUGCCAUAAAUUUUGCACGGCUCUGCACGUUCAUUCCUUCCAGAGUGCUCAAUUAUUAUUGUUGAUCUACUUAUUCAGGCUGUUUAGCAAGGUGAUAUGUAUUGAUUUGUAAAUAAAAGUUAAUGUGAAGACAUCUCUCUGCUUCUUACAGUGUAUACUUUCUGUGCUUUGUUCAAUAGUCUGAAGUAACGUAUGCCCAAAUGUGUCAUGUACUGCUCAUAGUCAUUGUAUAAAAAUUUAUGUGGAUUAUGGCAAAGGAAUAGUUUGCUGGGAAUAAGCUGUUUCGGGAAGACCCGAUCAGUGUGUUCUAGAUCUGAAAUGUGAUUUCUCUAUUGACAGCAUGUAAAAUGUUCCUGUUUCAUUCUGUUUACAUAUAUUUUUUAGCAACUGUAUAUGAUAAGGGGCCAACAGUUAUAUGUAAGUAAAAUAAGAACUGGAUAAAUUUGUUGAACCAUCAAAUUCUGUCUGGUGGUAUUUUCAAAUAAUAACACUGUAAGCGCACAUUUGUGUUGAGAUACUGACUGAAAUUGUCAGUAAAUAUAGCAAAACAAAUGGAUUUGCUUGGUAACUGGAUACUUCUAAUGUUCAUGAACAGGGUGUUUCGAUUCCUACGAUAUUCUUGUAUGGUUCACUUGCUUUUGGCCUUGAAGAGUGUAUGUGCUGUUGUUGGUAAUGUUGCUAUUUUCUUAAAAUUCGAUUUGCAGUUUCUCUAUUUUAAAGAAAAAUCAAUGAACGAUAUACACUGCACUGAACUGUCAGAUUCUAUGUAAUAUAUUUUAGUUGACUAUGUAUUCAUGAUGUGCCAAAUAACUCUUUAAGUAGCAGUGUUUCUGCAGUCAGCAGUCUGUGGCAUUUGAACUGUGAUUUUUCAGAGCAUUAGAAUUGAUUGAUGACAAUCCCAUUUUACUUCCCUUGCUCUAAAACCAAAACGGUGGAAUAGUGAGGCUUAAAAUUACUUUCAUUAGUUUAAUGAAGUACAAUAAAAAAAUUAGAGUAGGAUGAUGUGACAUGUUGGUAAUUCUAGAUACAGUAAAUCAUUUUCAGCCACCCAUUUAUUUAUUAACUGUGAGAGUUUACUAGUAUAUUUUUAUAAGCAUUUGAAUUAGUGUAAAUUAUGAUCAGCACACAUUCUCCCUUGUAAUUUGGGAAAAACUGUGAAUCACACGAAAACCUUCUUACAGUUUUUCAGAAACAGACAAUAUUUUUUCUGUUAUUUGCUUCAGAUUCCAGAUUUUAUCCUGGAAUUAACAGUAACAUUACAUUAACUUACCAACAUGGGGGCAAACCAAAAUGUUUGUCUCUGGUUAAGAUCGAAGUUCUUAAUCACCUGUAUUUAUGACGUAAAACUUACUUUUUCUUCAUUACUUUGAUGAGAAGUAUUAGGUCCAACAUGUCACCUCAAGUGGGUUGGUCAAAUUUAGGUAUAGAGGGUAACACAGUACUAUGUUUAGGAACUAGGGAAAAAAUUCAGAAGUGUUUUGAAAGGGAGAGCACUAUUCCAUACUGCACCAACCCUUGUCCUAAGUUUUUACAAAUAAAUCAUUUGAGAAACAAUUAUGUUCAGACAAAGCAGUUAUACAGAUAUUAAGAGGUGAUUAGUAGCACAUACAUCUUCUGCUUGUGUACUGAAAGAAAGAGCAACAGACUACAAAAAUUUGUAUGACUUUUCAGCACCUCUUAGUUUACAUUACAAAGAGUAAUUUAAUAUUAUACAUGAUAAUAUACAUGUAAAAUUUGAAAUGUAAAUAGUUAUUGGUUGUUUAUACCACUAAAAAUCAUGA